GCCAGCUCCGAGGGAAAAAGUCCGCGUGAAUUCUCGCGAAUAAUCGCUAUUAAUCAAGCACAAUGCGAGUUCAUCCAAACCGAUCCCCCCCAGUCUAGCCAAUCUUAGCCUUUGAGAGGCGGGGGAUAAAAAGCAACAUGUGCAAGAUGAUCCCCUAGCGCUCGUUCUCUCUCUGUCAGAGAAAACGGAGAAGUGGAAACUUCUCACAAAGUAGCAUAUAGAUCAUCCCAGAGUGUCAUACUUUAAAAUGGUAUCGAUUAAUCGGGUCACAUCUCUGUUGUCUUUGUCCCGGGAGCAAAAUCUCUUUUGUUUGUGUAGUUUCUUCACGACACUCUUCGUUUUUCUGGUGAUUCGCCAGCUCUUAAAGCAGCGGAGACCCCGAGGGUUUCCCCCAGGACCGACACCUUUACCCAUUAUAGGGAAUAUACUGUCCCUAGCCACAGAGCCUCACGUCUACAUGAAGAGGCAGAGUGAUAUCCACGGACAGAUUUUUAGUCUCGACUUGGGAGGGAUCUCAACUGUUAUCCUAAAUGGUUACGAUGCCAUUAAAGAGUGCCUGUAUUACCAGAGUGAGGUUUUUGCAGACCGGCCAUCCCUCCCUUUAUUUCAGAAGAUGACCAAAAUGGGAGGACUUCUGAACUGCAAAUACGGUCGCGGUUGGAUCGAACACCACAAGCUAGCUGUGAACUGCUUUCGUUACUUUGGCAGCGGUCAGCGGAUGUUCGAGCGGAUUUCUGAGGAGUGCCUGUUCUUUUUAGACGCCAUUGAAAAGCACAAGGGAAAACCGUUUAACCCCAAACAUCUUGUUACGAAUGCUGUAUCCAACAUCACCAACCACAUCAUCUUUGGGCAGCGUUUCACUUACGACGACAGCGAUUUUCAGCACAUGAUUGAGAUCUUCAGCGAGAACGUGGAGCUGGCCGCCAGCGGCUGGGCCUUCAUGUACAACGCCUUCCCAUGGAUGGAGUACCUGCCCUUUGGGAAGCAUCAAAAGCUCUUUCGCAAUGCCAACGAGGUGUACAACUUCCUUCUGCAAAUCAUCAAGCGCUUCUCACAGGAGAGGGUCACCCAGUCGCCACGACAUUACAUCGAUGCCUACUUGGAUGAGGUGGAGCAGAGCGCCACUGAUACGGCGACGACUUUUUCUCAAGAUAAUCUCAUUUUCUCGGUUGGAGAACUCAUCAUUGCAGGCACAGAGACCACUACGAAUUGUCUACGCUGGGCGAUGCUCUACAUGGCUCUGUAUCCCAGGAUACAAGAAAAGGUCCAAAGGGAGAUCGAUUGUGUCCUGAAUGGCAGGCUACCUGCAUUUGAAGACCGGCAGAGGAUGCCCUACGUGGAAGCAGUGCUGCAUGAAAUCCUACGCCUUUGUAAUAUUGUCCCACUGGGUAUCUUUCGCGCUACCUCUCAAGAUGCAGUGGUGCGUGACUACACUAUUCCCAAAGGCACCAUGGUCAUCACUAACCUGUACUCGGUGCAUUUCGAUGAGAAGUACUGGAGUGACCCAUCCAUCUUCUUCCCAGAGAGGUUCCUUGACAAUAACGGCAGAUUUGUUAGGCAUGAGGCAUUUCUACCGUUCUCAAUAGGCAAACGUCACUGUCUCGGGGAGCAGUUGGCCAGGUUGGAGAUGUUCUUAUUCUUCACCACGUUGCUCCAGAGGUUCCACCUUCAGUUCCCAGUGGGCUUUAUUCCAAGUCUUUCCCCAAAACUAGGCAUGACUCUGCAGCCUCGGCCGUACUCCAUAUGUGCCAUCAGGAGACAGCAGUAAACCUUCCCCCAUGAGCCCUCGGGGAGCCUACUUAGAAGCGCAAAAUUCCCUGUCUUAAAAUCCAUCAGGUUUUCAGCGGGGAAUACAGACCUCUGAUAUUGACUUCUUAAAUUCUCAGAAAGUGUCCUCCAUAGUUUCAUAGAAUGCAGCUUGGGUGUGAUAAGGGUACUGUUAAAGAAUACACGGUAUGGAGAACAGACAGCACACGUGUGUGGCGAAUGAGAAAGUACAGGGCACGUAUCUCUCAUAAGUCGAUUUGAAAGACGUGCAAUGUGUGGCGAAGUGAACGUUGCGCUUGUUGUCAAUAUGAGAUGAAUAAUUGACAAGAUUCAACUUUGUAACAGUUUGGAGCGCUGUCAUUUUUAACAUUCCUUGAAUUCCUCUAUUUCUGGAGUUAAAUGAGAGGACGCAAGUUGCCUUUCCAAGAACGUUUUAGAAACAUUUAUGACUCCCAUUGGUUAAAAACCAUAUUUCAGCACUGAACUAACAAUGGCCCUGUCUUUAGUUAAUCUCAGUGGAACAUUUAUCAUGAAACUUCUGUGGAAGAUAAUGGUGCUAUUCUCAAGAGCUGAACUCCAAUAUACUUUUUCCUAGUACAAUGCAUUUUUUUGCUUUUAACUAAUAUCUGUGUAAAUAAAAACUUAA